AUGUCAAUACCAAUGUUUAUACAAGAGCCACGAGGCUACCAUCGCGUUGCCGAUCUCAUGGGCCAGUACCCAGAGAUCGCCAUCUUCAGACGAUUCGCCGCGCUGAACAUAGUGAACCUAUUGAGUCUUCAAGCGGAGCUAGUUGACCUUCAGGUGCAGUUCCGCGACAUCUGGGCCGAGGAUGAUGCCUCUAGUGAUCUGGAUGAACAAGAGUUCUCGACCUAUUUUCGCAAGCUCAGGAGGUCCGAGAAUAGCGUGCAAAAUGAGAUGCUACUCGAGAUAAGGAAGAAACUUCAAGAGUAUAAUAACGCGGUGAUACAAGCAUCAGCAAUCUCAGCGUUGCCUUCACCACCAUCUGCUGAUAUCAACUUCCUACGCGAUUGGCUUGACCAUUCGGGUGAGGGUGAUCACUUUCUACGAGGCAGUGAGCAAUACACGUGGAAUCCAUCAGACGACAGUUCAACCAGCGAGAAGAGACUUUUGGACAAAGAUUUCAUGACACUCCAGACGACGACAGAGGAGCAAGACGUCUUCUCCAAGAUACUAUCGUCUUCACUUUUAGAUAUCUGGAAUGGUUUGCGUACGUUUGCAUCAAGCUCCCCCUCCCUACGGAAAAGCAGAUUUCGGAAAACUAUCAAUCCCGACGACGGCACGAUGCAUUACAGCCAAGAAGGUCUCCUGAAGUUCAACAACAUUCUGAUAAGCGUGAUCGGAGCCGCAAUGCCCAUCAUCUCAAUCGUAGCAUUGUACUUCAUACAAACAGAGGGAGGUCGGAUUGGUGCAAUGGCAGGAUUCACCAUUUUGUUUGCUCUUGUGCUUGCAACAUGUACGAAUGCGAGAAGGUUGGAGAUAGCGGCGUCGACGGCAGCAUUUGCGGCUGUGGAGGUGGUCUUCAUCGGAAGUGAUCUAGGAAAACCGGCGACAAGGGAAGCUUAA